AUGGCGAAACCUCGCAGAGGAGUCCGGUUUCCGAACCGCGCAAACGGCCAUGCCGAGCGCCGCUCCAGCUUCAGCGACGUCAGUGAAGACGACGGCUCGUCGCCCAAGUCCAAGAACGGCGCUUCCGCUGGCGGCAUCGUGGAGAAACCGACUGCCGCACAGGAACAGGCGGCCGAGUACGAGAAGAAGAAGCAGAACUUCAUCACCCGCACCUUCUGGACCUUUGUCAUGAUCGGCGGCUUCUUCGCCGCUCUCUUCAUGGGCCACAUCUACAUGGUCAUCAUCGUCACCGGCGUCCAGGUCGUCUCCUUCUCCGAAGUCAUCGCCAUUGCCAAUGUCCCCAGCCGAGCUCGCCAGCUGCACUCGACCAAGAGCCUCAACUGGUACUGGCUGGCCACCACCAUGUACUUUCUCUACGGCGAGAGCGUCAUCUACUACUUCAAGCACAUUGUCCUGGUCGACAAGGUCCUGCUGCCCCUGGCAACCCACCAUCGCUUCAUUAGCUUUGUCCUCUAUGUCAUCGGCUUCGUCUUCUUUGUCAUGUCCCUCCAGGCCGGCCACUACAAGUUCCAGUUCACAAACUUUGCCUGGACCCACAUGGCUCUCUACCUCAUCGUCGUCCAGGCCCAUUUUGUCAUGAACAACAUCUUCGAGGGCAUGAUCUGGUUCUUCCUGCCCGCCUCGCUCGUCAUCACCAACGAUAUCUUUGCCUACGUCUGCGGCAUCACCUUUGGCCGCACCCAGCUGAUCAAGCUUUCGCCCAAGAAGACCGUCGAGGGCUUCCUCGGCGCCUGGAUCAUGACUGUUUUCUCCUCCUUCAUCCUGACCACCAUCCUUACUAAGAGCAAAUAUUUUAUCUGCCCCGUCAACGAUCUGGGCGCAAGCUUCUUCACCGGCCUUGAGUGCGACAUCAACCCCGUCUUCCUUCCCCACACCUACACCCUCCCGCAUUUCUUCUUCCUGCCCGACAGCUACUACCUGGCCAGCGUCACCUUUGCGCCCAUCCACUUCCACUCGGCCAUCCUGGCCACCUUUGCCUCCCUGAUUGCGCCGUUUGGUGGCUUCUUCGCCUCUGGCCUGAAGCGCACGUUCAAGAUCAAGGACUUUGGUCACUCCAUCCCCGGCCACGGCGGUAUGACCGACCGCAUGGACUGCCAAUUCAUCAUGGGCUUCUUUGCCUACCUAUACUACCACUCCUUUAUUGCCACGCACAAGGCCAGCGUCGGUAGGGUCCUGGAGCUGGCCAUCACUGGCCUGACGCCCAAGGAGCAGGUCGAGCUCCUUCGUGGCGUUGGCCAUUAUCUGCGGAAUCAGGGCAUUAUCGGCGAAGAGGUACUGUCCUGUCUGGAAGUCACACUCCCCGCAAAGAGAUGA